AUGGAGUCGUUAUACCGUCUUUUGCUGCUAGCGGCGCUAUUUCUGCCCUUUUCGCAGGCAGUUGAUCCCACAGUCAAUCUUGGAUACAGCAAAUACAAAGGCAAGGAUCUCGGAAAUGGUGUUUCGGAAUGGCUCGCUAUGCGAUUUGCUGCACCCCCUCUGAAAGAUCUGAGAUUUGAGCCGCCGCAGGAUCCUGUUCGCACAAGAGCGAUUCAGGAUGCCACAAAGCGAGGACCCGUAUGCAUUGCUACAGACAGUGACCCUAAAAUCAUUGGCGAUACACAAUCUGAAGAUUGUCUCUUCAUCAAUGUCUGGGCUCCCUCCAAGGCUUCCAGCAGAGACAAACUCCCCGUCUUCUUUUACAUCCAAGGCGGUGGCUUCAACUCAAACUCCAAUGCUAAUUCCAACGGAACCAAACUCGUCAUCGCUGGCGAAUUGGAGAUGAUCGUUGUUGCCAUCAACUACCGCGUUGGUGUCUACGGCUUUCUCAACGAUGGUUCCCACGUGAAGCCCAACAUUGGUCUUCUUGAUCAGAGGAAGGCUCUUCAGUGGGUCCAAAAGCACAUCUCAAAGUUCGGCGGUGAUCCAGAUCAUGUCGUCAUUGGUGGCGAGUCUGCAGGAGCCGCAAGUGUCAGCCUACAUCUCAGUGCCUUUGGAGGCAAGGAUGAAGGACUCUUCCAUGGAGCCGCUGCAGAGUCCAUCUCGUUUGCAACUGUAUUGACGGUAAACGAGGCACUAUAUCAGUAUAAGAACCUGGCUAUUAAACUGGGCUGUGUCGGGCCCGAGAAGGAUAUCCUUCCGUGCAUACGAUCCAAGUCUGCCAAGGAGAUUCAGGUGGUGAACAAGAACAUUCCUCAUCUCGGUAGCUCAAGGCCUCCGCUUUACAUGUGGAGUCCUGUCGUCGACAACGAUCUCAUCCCCGAUGUCACUUACCGGCUUUUCGAGCAGGGGAAGUUCAUCAAGGUUCCUCUGAUCACUGGCGACGACACCAAUGGUGGAACUGUCUUUGUACCAAGAGACACAUCGACUCUGGCUCAAAGCGACGACUUCCUCAAGGCCCAAUUCCCUUUUCUGACUCUUGAGCAGUUGGGCAAGAUCAACGACCUCUAUCCUAACCAGAAUGAUACCUGCCCAGAUACUGGAUGUUACUGGCGACAGGCAAGUGAUGCCUAUGGAGAUAUGAGAUACAAGUGUUCUAGUCUCUACAUCUCCAAUGCGUUGACCACCCGUGGGGUUCCUAAAUCUUGGAACUACCUAUACAAUGUCGAAGACCCAGCUCAAGUGGCCGACGGUCUCGGUGUCCCUCACACAGUAGAGAUUCAAGCCAUUCUCGGCCCAGAAUCCGGAGCACCGGCGAGUUACUUGAAUGGCGGAAAGAACGCGGCGGUGGUACCAGUCAUUCAAGGUUAUUGGACAAGCUUUAUUCGCUCUCUAGACCCUAAUAAGUAUCGCCAUAAGAGUGCGGUCAAAUGGGAGGCUUGGACGGAGAAGGGAAAGAAGCGUGUAGUGUUUGAGACGGGCGGUAAGACAAGGAUGGAAACCCCGAGCAGCGAGGAGCAGAAGAGGUGUAGUUACUUUGCCUCUAUCGGUGCGGCGAUUCGGCAAUAG